AAAUCUGCAAUGACUUAUUUUUCCACAAUCUACUACUUCCCUUGUCGUCCUCACAUCUCUAUCCUCCCUCACUACACACUCAAUUAUGUGUACACACACAUAUCUCUAACAACACAUUGCAACUAAACUCAUCACAUUCAAGUUAGUUGAGUUAUGGCCAUCACAAUUAAUUCUCAUGUCUUCAUCAGCCUCUCCCUUUAUCUACUUGUGCUCCUCCAAUCUUCACUUUUUGCAAGUUCACAAUCUUUUAUUGGUGUGAAUUACGGUCAACUUGCCGACAAUUUACCGGCGCCGGCGGUGACGGCGAAGCUUCUUGAGUCGACUGCGAUCGGAAAAGUUAGACUUUACAAUGCUGAUCCGGCAAUUGUGAAGGCGCUGGCGAAUACUGGAAUUGGGAUCGUGAUCGGAUUGGCAAACGGAGAGAUUCCGGGGAUAGCAUCCGACCCGAAUGUGGCGGGGCAGUGGGUCGGGGCAAAUGUGCUCGCGUUUUACCCGGCUAGUAACAUUGAUGUUAUAACUGUUGGAAAUGAGGUUAUGACUUCUGGUGAUCAAGGACUCAUGUCCCAGCUCUUGCCUGCCAUGCAAAAUAUCCAAAAUGCCCUUAAUGCAGCUUCCUUGGGUGGCAAGGUCAAGGUCUCAACUGUACAUUCAAUGGCUGUGUUGGCCAAUUCUGAUCCACCAUCAUCAGGAAGCUUUAAUUCCGGAUUCGGCGACACAAUGAAAGCAUUGCUGCAGUUUCAAAAAGCCACUGGUUCACCUUUUAUGAUUAAUCCAUAUCCCUUUUUCGCAUACCAAAGCGAUCCAAGGCCAGAGACACUUGCAUUUUGUUUAUUUCAACCUAAUGCAGGGAGAGUGGACUCCGCUAGUGGUAUUAAGUACAUGAACAUGUUUGAUGCCCAGGUUGAUGCUGUAAAAUCGGCCUUGAAUUCAAUGGGAUUUAAGGAGAUAGAGAUCGUAGUUGCGGAGACAGGCUGGCCUUAUAAGGGUGACCCCAAUGAGUCUGGAACUAGUGUGGAAAAUGCAAAAGCCUACAACGGGAAUUUGAUCAACCAUCUUAGGUCAAAUGUUGGAACUCCAUUGAUGCCCGGGAAAUCAGUUGACACCUACAUUUUUGCACUCUACGAUGAGAAUUUGAAGCCCGGACCUGGUUCAGAGCGUGCAUUUGGGCUUUAUAAGCAGGAUCUUUCCAUGGUUUAUGAUGUUGGUCUCACGAAGAAUAGCCAGACUCCAGCAACUCCGACAACUCCUAAAACUCCAAAAACUCCGUCAACCCCAGCUACACCAUCACCAAAGGCUGCAGCCUGGUGUGUCCCCAAACCUGGUGUUUCCGAUGCUCAGUUACAAUCAAAUCUCGACUAUGUCUGCGGGCAUGGCCUCGAUUGUAGCCCUAUUCAACCAGGUGGCGCUUGCUAUGAACCAGCUACUUUACAAGCUCAUGCUGCAUAUGCAAUGAAUCUUUACUAUCAAAAUUCUGGGAAAAAUUCAUGGGAUUGUGAUUUCGUGCAAACUGCAACUCUUUCUUCCACCAAUCCAAGUUAUGCAGGCUGUAACUACCCAGGUGGAAAUUGAAGGCUAAAAUGGUCAUGAACAUAGUACAGGGGAUGAUAUUUUUUGUGAACUAGUUCAGAAUAAUGAAUAUAUCUAUGUAGCUUCAUUUGUUAGAAUAUAUAUAUAUAUAAUUAGUAUAUUAGUAUUGCAUUAUGAGAGCAAUAUAAGGCUUUCUUUUAUGGUAAUUCAGGAUAAGUUGAUUGUAAUAAAAUCUUGUUUUAUAUCACUUUUCUCAUAUAUAUUAUGGUAUGAGUGUUGUCAAUUCAA